AUGUCGCAAGGCAUUAGCGAGCAGCAUGCCGAGGAUAACCCCAACCUCCGAUUGACAAGGACGCAGACAGCCUCGAGCCUGAUCACAAACCAGGACCGGGAAGCUGUCGCACGGAUAGCAACAAAUAUACAGCAGCGGGCCUCUAUUGCUGAGGAGUCUGGGAUGCACGACGCGUCAUUGGACCCCACGAACCCCCAGUUCAAUCCUCACGAAUGGGCCAAGAAGACAAUUCGUUCCUUUGAUACCAACGAGGUCGAGGCCCGUAGCCGGGGAGUGUUGUUCGAAAAUCUCACGGUCUCUGGCUCCGGUUCCUCGCUACACAUUCAACAAACCGUCCUCUCCACUCUGUUGCUCCCCUUCGCGAAAAUUGCGACCAUCGUACAACGCCCGCAUAACCAGAAGAGAACAAUCUUGAAUAGCUUUGACGGGUUGCUAGACAGUGGCGAGCUGCUGCUUGUUCUAGGACGCCCUGGAAGUGGCUGUUCCACGUUCUUAAAAUCAGUAUCUGGUCAUUUGAAUGGAUUGGAUCUAGACCCAUCAGGUGAAAUCCAAUACAAGGGGAUCCCGUUCGGGCGCAUGAUCAAAGAAUAUCGGGGGGAGGUCCUUUACAAUCAAGAAGUCGACAAACAUUUUCCGCACUUGACGGUUGGCGAGACCCUCGAGUUUGCUGCUCACGCAAGAGCUCCCCGAAACCGGAUCAAUGGAUACAGCCGAGAGGAGUAUGUGAAAACCAUGGUCCUAGUGAUUAUGGCAUUCUUUGGUCUGUCACACACGUAUAAUACCAAAGUCGGAAAUGAUUUUGUUCGCGGGGUCAGCGGAGGUGAAAGGAAGCGAGUGAGUAUCGCGGAGAUGGCUUUAUCGCACGCCCCAAUCGGCGCAUGGGAUAAUAGCACACGAGGCCUUGAUGCUGCCACGGCCCUGGAAUUCGUCAAGGCCCUUCGGCUCUCUGCCGACCUCGGGGGUUCCUGCCAUGCAGUAGCAGUCUACCAGGCUUCUCAGUCAAUGUAUGAUCUGUUUGAUCAAGUCAUUGUCCUUUAUGAGGGCCGGGAAAUCUUUUAUGGUCCCUGUGAGCGAGCAGUACAGUACUUUGAGGAUAUGGGCUGGGAGCGACCCCUCCGCCAGGUUAGUGGUGACUUCCUGACCUCCAUAACCAAUCCUAGAGAACGCGUUGCUCGGCCGGACAUGAAGCACAAGGUCCCUCGAAGUGCGGCAGAAUUUGAAUCGUACUGGAGAAAAAGCCCGGAAUACCAUGCCUUGCAAUCCCGAAUGACAAAGUACAAGCAAGACUUUCCCGUCGAUGGCCAUCAUGAAGAGUCUUUCAGUGCCAGGAAGCAUGCAGAGCAAGCCAAACAUGUUCGCGAGCGAAGCCCAUACUUGCUUUCGAUCCCGAUGCAAUUCAGGCUUUGCCUCAAAAGAGCCUAUCAACGAACAAGAAACGAUAUUCCUGCCACAAUGGCUACCGCGGUUGUUCAGAUUAUUUUAUCAUUGAUCAUUGGCUCCAUAUUCUACAACACCCCGAAUAGCACCGAUGGCUUCUUCCAAAAAGGCGCCGUUCUUUAUUUUGGCGUGCUGAUGAAUGCGCUGAUCACCGUCAACGAAAUUAUGCAACUGUAUAGCCAACGGCCAAUUGUUGAAAAACAGGCCGCUUAUGCCUUCGUCCAUCCGUUCACAGAAUCACUGGCAAGCAUUAUCUUGGACUUUCCCAUAAAGCUAUUCCGGUGCUGCAUCUUCAGUCUCAUACUCUAUUUCAUGGCCAACCUUCGACGGGAGCCUUCGCAGUUUUUCAUCUUUAUCAUGUUCUUGAUCACGGCUGUCGUUACAAUGUCUGGCGUGUUUAGGACCUUGGGUGCGAUGACAAAAACCAUCGGGCAGGCCAUGGCCUUGGCCGGGAUCAUCAUCAUCUGCAUGGCCGUUUACACUGGAUUUACGAUUCCCCAGCCCUAUAUGCACCCUUGGUUUGGCUGGAUCAGAUGGAUCAAUCCCAUUUACUACGCCUUCGAAGGCAUCAUUGCCAACGAAUUCCACGGUCGCAAUUUUGCAUGUAGCCAAUUUGUUCCUAGCUACCCUUCGUUGAGCGGAAAAUCCUUUGUCUGUUCUGCUGUGGGUGCAGUUGCAGGAGAGCGUUUUGUUUCCGGUGAUGAGUUCAUUGGUCAGAACUACCAGUACUAUUACAGUCAUAUCUGGAGAAACUAUGGCAUUCUCAUUGCCUUUCUGAUCUUCUUCAAUACUCUGUAUCUGGUCAUCACCGAGCUCAGCCCCGGCCUCUCAUCUAAACCAGAGGCACUGGUAUUCCGUCCAGGGAAGGUGCCCGCGUACCUCAAAAACGACGACGUUGAAUCCAACGGGCCGGAAAAAGGAUCCAUGGCCACCUCCAUCGGAUCGGCAGAAAAGGGGGAUGAAGCUACCCAUCUAGCGAAGCAAACGGACAUAUUCACAUGGAAAGGGCUGUGCUACGAUAUUCCAGUCAAAGACGGUACGAGGAGACUGCUAGAUGAUGUAAACGGAUGGGUGAAGCCAGGAACUCUUACUGCACUUAUGGUACCAACCUCUCCCGAAGUCCACCUAUCGAGCAAUUCAUACUAA